GAACAAGGCUAGAUGGGAUACAUUCUAUGUCAAAAUAAAGUCAAAAGUUGAUUUUAACCCUAACUAUUUUUCUGACCUUAACCCAAUUAUCUCAAACUGCUACGUAAACCGCAAACUGCUACGUAAACCUACCGCGUAAAUUCUCCUAACCUGCUCCGAAAUAUCAAUUCUGACAUAAACUGUAUCCCUUCUAGACAAAAUCGAGUGAUACUGACAUAAGACCCUAAAAGCAAAAUGGCAGCCAGCAGUGGAAAAUCUGUUCUGUUCGUGUGUCUGGGGAACAUUUGCAGGUCCCCCAUCGCCGAAGCCGUCUUCAGGAAAAUGGCGACAGAUGCUGGUGUUGUUGACAAGUGGAGGAUAGACAGUGCUGCCACCUCCACCUAUGAGAUAGGCAACCCUCCAGACCACCGUGGUCAAGCCUGCAUGAAGAAACACGGGGUGCCCAUGAGGCAUGUAGCCAGGCAGUGGGUCAUAGACAGUGGUGCCACGACUGACUGGAACACAGGCAGCUCCCCGGACGCCCGUGGUCUGGCCUGCUUGAGGACACAUGGCAUUGAAACAAAACACAGGGCCCGACAGGUGACAAAGGAGGAUUUUAUGUCAUUUGACUACAUUCUGUGCAUGGAUGAGAGCAAUUUGAGUGACCUGAAAAAGAAGGCAAACUCUGUGAAAAACAGCAAAGCCAAGAUUGAGCUGCUGGGCUCGUACGACCCAGAGAAACAACUGAUCAUCAAAGACCCAUACUACAACAAUGAGACAAGAAAAACCCUGGAAUGAGUAGGGGCAUGAGGAAGACUUUGAAAAUGUGUACGAACAAUGUGUGAGAUGCUGCAAAGUGUUUUUGGAAAACAACUCGUAACCAGACCCAAGAUCUGACCGGUGAACAUCCACCCAAACACUAGAUGGAUAGUAAAGAAACGAUCCUCCGUUAUCGUCCAUAGUUGUGCAGUUACAAUACACAUCUGCCAGGUCACACUAACAGUAGUUCCCAUCAAUAUGGUGUAGCAAUCAGUUGAUUGUCACAAUCUACAAUAUGUCUGUAAAACAAACGGUUUACUGUACUGUGUCCUAAAUAAAAUGCUUUUUUUGAGGAA